CAACACGGUAACAAAAAUAACUCGUGAAUUUAAAGUGUAUUCCAAAAAGCUUGAUACUUAGAAAACUUGAAAUCUUCUCUCUUUCCACUCUCCUGUUUGAAAUGGUGCUUAAAAAGUGAUCGCUUUUAGCCAGCAUAAAUAAUAUUCCCUUGUUCCCAAAUUGCACCAUAGUUUGAGAAACCAUUGCAUCCCCUGGUGAAAUCCUCUGCCUCAAUGGACAAGAACAAGAAUUCCCAGAUAGGAUUUCCAACCUCACCCCAGCCUGAAAUUGUAGAAGAAAUAACUCACUACACUCACUCAAAACACCCCUUGAUAAAAGUCGAUUCGCCUGAACUCUUUACAUGCGCCGGCUGCAAGGAGUAUGGAGCCGGCAAGAGAUUUUCGUGCCAGCAAUGUGAUUUUCAGCUCCACGAUUUCUGCACAUCAUCGCCUCCAGUGUUAGAAAACCAUCCCCUCCACGGCCAACACCAGCUCGUGUUCAACUCUAAACCAAAACAAGCAAACGCCGGAAUUUCAUGGCCAAAGUGUGAUGUCUGUGACAAAUCAACAAAAGGGUUCACUUUCAGAUGCAGGGCUUGCAGUUUCCAGAUGCACCCGUGCUGCGCAAAGCUUUCGACUGAAAUGAACUUUCCGGUGCAUCCACAUACAUUGAAACUGUUGCCACCAGUGAACACAACCGCAUCAGGUACAGAUUCUGGGAUUCUUUGCAGUAAGUGCAAGAGGAGGAGGUCAGGUCGAAUAUAUCGUUGCAAUGUUUGUGGUUACCAUCUCCAUGCAGUUUGUGCAAAGGAUUUGAUUAAUGGGCUCCAUGCCAACGGUAUCUCUCCCCCGGAAAAGCCGACGUUCGGAAAAACAACCCGGAUUGCUUCUCAAAUGGUUAUUAAAUUCGUAGGAGGGUUUGUUGACGGAGUUGGAAAUGGUGUGGGUGAAUACCUUGUAGACAGUAUCACAGGAGGGAGGCGUGGCAGAAGAUCAAGAAUGGAGAAUAAUUGAUUCAAGCCGUCCAUGGCCAAGCUGCAUGACUAAGCAUGUUUUAAGAUAUUAUUUAAAAUUUCAAUUUUCAUUUUCUUAAAUCCAAUUCAACGUGGCAAGUAUGCAAGUGUGUAACUUUAGAAUCGAAAUAGUAUGAUCAGCGUGUUGAUAGAUUAAAUGUCA